AUGGCGCCCAAAACAACGGAUACCAGGCGCGCAUACUACGCCCACGCCGCCGCCGUCUUCGCACUCGCGCCUCUCACCAUUGGCGUCCUAGCCACCCUCAAUCCCAAACUCGGCCUCUCGCUCCUCAAUUUCCCGCUGCCAGGCCCAACAGCCUCUCCCAAAGACCAAGCAACGAUCUACGGACUUAUCCGAUUCUUCGGGAUCCGCGACGUAGUCAUCGGCGCUAGCUCGCUGUGCGUAUGGUUCUUUGGCGGCGCGAGAGAGGGGGAGAGGAAGGGAUGCCGGGCGCUGGGUGGGAUGAUGUUGAUGGGUGUGGCUUUGGUGGGGGUUGAUGGGCUGGCGAGCAGGGAGGUGAUUGGGGGCGGGGAGUGGAAUCAUUGGGCUCUUGCGCCUGUUGGAGUGGGGUUGGGGGCUGGGUUGAUGGGGUGGGUGUGA